CACAUGAGAGAGCCCUUCAACAACACUGCUGCACCGCUGCUGGGACUGCCAAACUCAGCAACGCCACAAGAGAUCAUAUUUGAAAAAUGGCUCAGAGUGACUUCCUCUACCCAGAGAACCCGAGGAGGCGGGAAGAAGUCCACCAUCUUCACCAACAGCUCCUUGAUUGCUUAUCUGACAGCUUCCAUGCCACCAAUAAGCUGAUUGGAGUCUUAAAUAUGCAUUUGGGGUGCAAGCUGGACUCCAUUGAGAUGAAAAGAAAUGGGACCAUCAAAGAAAAUUGUGAUAUCAUCAUCCAAGCCGUGAUGAAAAUCCAGAAGGAAUUGCAAAAGGUUGACGAAGCACUCAAAGAUAAACUAGAGCCAACCCUUUAUAGAAAACUUCAGGAUAUUAAGGAGAGGGAAACAGAAAAAAUUGCAAUAGUACAAAAGGUUAUUUCAGUCAUCCUGGGAGAAGCUACUUCUGCAGCCAGUGCAGUGGCUGUUAAACUUGUGGGCUCAAAUGUCACAACUGGCAUAAUUAACAAGUUGGUCACUGUGUUAGCUCAAAUUAGUGCUUCUCUCCUUGGUAGCAUAGGAGUUGCUGUUCUUGGCCUUGGCAUAGAUAUGAUCUUCCGUGCCAUCCUGGGAGCAGUGGAAAAAACGCAGCUACAAACAGCCAUCAAGAGUUAUGAGAAGCAUCUGGUGGAAUUCAAGUCAGCCUCAGAAAAAUAUCAUCAUGCUAUUACUGAGGUCACCAACACAGUGAAACAACAAAUGAAAUAAACAGCCACCUUAUUUGCCA